AUGUUCAGCUUCAUCUUCAACCUCCCAGAACUCCUUAUUCACCAUGAUUCCAACACAAUCAUCAUCUUGAUCUUAACCCUGAUGAUCGUAUCUCUUCUUCUUCGGUUAUAUAUCUUCAUAAUGAAUAAAGCUUCAUGCAAAAUAUACAUGAUCGAUUUCGCCUGUUACAAACCCCCAAUUUCUCAACAGUGCUCAAAAGACUUCRCCAUGAAACAAGCAAGAUCCAAUGGCUAUUUCACAGAGGAAACGCUGGAUUUCAUGGAGAAAACUCUGGASAAAUCCGGCCUUGGCGAUUCAACUUAUUUGGCAGAGGUUUUUUUCGGAAAAACUUAUAAUCCAUCCAUCAGAGAUUCAAGAAGAGAGGUUGAAAUGGCUGUUUUUGGAUCCAUAGACAUGAUUCUAGCAAAAACAGGCAUCAGAUCUCAGGAUAUCGGGAUCCUGAUUGCAAAUUGUUGUAUCUAUAACACAGUUCCAUCUCUUUCCACCAUUAUCGUUAAUCGAUAUAAGCUUCCAGAAAGUAUAAUCAAUUACAAUCUCGUCGGCAUGGGUUGCAGCGCCGGACUUCUGGCGAUCGGACUUGCUAAACAACUACUCCAGGUGCACCGGAACUCGUAUGCAUUGAUCGUCAGUACAGAGAGUAUUACUGAAAACUGUUACACCGGAGAGGAUCGUUCUAAGUUUCUUAUAAACUGUUUGUUUCGCGUCGGCGGCGCUGCGAUCCUCCUCUCCAACCGCCCCUCCGACCACCGAAUUGCUAAAUACCGCCUUCUUCACGCCGUGCACACCACCACGGCAAGUUCWGAUCGUUCCUACAACUGURUCCUUCGGGAAGAAGAUAAAGCGGGAAUCGUUGGCAUUAAUAUCAACAAAGACCUCCUCUUCGCCGCCAUAGCCACCAUCAAACUUAACCUAACCACCCUAGGUCGGCUAAUCCUUCCGAUAACGGAGAAACUCCAUUAUCUGAUAAACUACAUAGGAAGRAAGCACUUUCCGACGUUAAAAAUACAACCGUACGUACCUAAUUACACCAAGGUCGUCCAUCACUUCCUCCCUCACGUCGGCGGGAAGCCGGUGCUCGACGAACUGCAGAAGACCCUAGGGUUUACCGACACUGUUAUGGAAGCUUCUAGAAUGACUCUGUACAGAUUCGGAAACACCUCCAGUAGCUCGAUAUGGUACGAGCUUGCAUACGUGGAAGCAAAAGGUCGGGUCAAGAAARGUGAGCGAGUGUGGCAGAUUGCAUUCGGGUCGGGUUUCAAGUGUUGUAGUGUGAUUUGGAGUGCAAUAAAGACCGUUGAUCUCGAUGACAAUAAUCCAUGGACGGAUGAGAUUGAUGAGUUUCCAGUGACCUUGCAAGACUGCGGACCAAUGCCUGUCUUUUUUGAACCUGUCCAAUAA